AUGGAGGUGCCUGCAGACCUGGAAGAGGAGAUCAGCCUGCAAGAUAACAAUUCCCAGAUUUUCCAUAACUUUUCCUCUUUUGAUCCCAAUGGCAAUGUCGCCUAUGCCAACGUAAUAAUGCCGACUGUUUUUGGAAUCAUUUGCUUGCUGGGAAUUAUUGGCAACAGCGUUGUCAUCUAUACCGUCUUCAAGAAAUCCAAAUUCCGGUGUACCAGUAGCGUUCCUGAUAUUUUUAUCAUCAACCUUUCCGUGGUAGACUUACUGUUUCUCCUUGGGAUGCCCUUCUUGAUUCACCAACUCCUUGGCAAUGGUGUUUGGCAUUUUGGAGAAACCAUGUGUACGCUUAUUACAGCCCUGGAUACCAACAGUCAGUUUACCAGCACUUAUAUACUCACAGCCAUGUCCAUUGACCGAUACCUUGCAACGGUUUACCCUUUUACCUCAGCAAAGUACAGGAAGCCACCUAUAGCCAUCAUGGUCAUUUGCAUCCUAUGGGUGUUGUCCCUCCUAAGUAUCACUCCAGUUUGGAUGUAUGCUAGACUUAUUUCCCUUCCUGGUGGAGUCCUGGGCUGCGGCAUCACCUUACCCAAUCCAGAAAGUGAUAUUUACUGGUAUACUCUGUACCAGUUCUUUUUGGCCUUUGCCAUUCCAUUUGCUGUGAUCUCAUUAGCGUAUAGGAGAAUUCUGCUAAAAAUGGCCUCCUCAGAAGCCCUCACAGCUCAGAGGAGCUCCAGGAUAAGGACCAAAAAAGUGACGAGGACAGCUAUAGCCAUCUGCUUGGUGUUCUUCAUCUGUUGGGCACCCUUUUACGUAUUGCAGAUCAUUCAACUAGUCAUGGAGCAGCCUACGCUCGCUUUUCAUUACGCUUAUUGCGUGGCUAUCAGUAUGGGAUAUGCUAAUAGCUGUAUCAACCCUUUCAUCUACAUUAUCUUGUGUGAAACCUUUAGGCGUAGGUUUAUCGUCUCUGUCCGACCGGCGGAAGAUCUUCCACCAGGCAGGAUCAGGAUGAAGUUUGGCACAGAUCCUCCAUCAGGUAGUGGUCAACCAUUGCUUCAUCUUGUUCCUGUUUCUUCUGGUAGCUAA